AUGGCAGCUGGACAAUUAUCAUUGGGAAAAUACGAUGGUAUGCCAAGUUUAUCGAAUCAAAAAUUGCACGGUUUACAAGCUACAGAAGAUUUUGCAGUUCAUCAUCCGAUAAUCUUGAAUAAUGUCGAUAUGCAUAACAAAAACAAAUUUCCAAAAGAAUACGUUGAAAAUACGGCGAAAUUGGAACAAAUUCCAUUACCAAUAGUGAGUGAAAUUCGACCAAACGAGCUUGUUAAUAAAAUGAUGAGCCAAACAUCGACUAAUGGUUCGCUGAAAAAUAUUAUGCACUUGAUCAAUGGAGAACAUGAAAGACAAAUAGUACCAGCCAUAUCCAGUAAAGCAUACCAAUCAGGAUUCUUCGACGAAAGAUUUUUCAUGACUAAUAUCAGUUAUCGAGUACCAGAAAUAACAAAAGCUGAAUAUGAAGCUGACAAGACCAUGGAGCGAAAACCAAUUUUCAAUCAAUAUGACGGUACCAGAGAAGAAAUAAUCAUUGAUAAAAAUCAAAUGCCAUCGAUAUCGAUUGCUCAGCCAGAGGAAGUAUUAGAAGUAUUAGAAGAACGAGAAUUCAAAAUUAGUGGUAAUAAUGACGCCAAACGAAGUCAGCACGUUCACUCCAAUGACAGUUUUUUUGAAGGAAGAAAUGAACUAACGACCGAUCAUCGCAUUGCUGGUACUGACGGAGCAUUAAAAGACGAAGAUUUGUCGAAGAAAGAUGAGAUUGAACAAAAACUUGCCGAAUCUUCAUUGCAUUUAAAUGCAAUGAGUCAGAGCAUAGCUGAUGCAGACGCGCUACAGAUGUUGCUAAGAGAAUUUCAACCAGUAAAUUAUGAACUUGAAGCAAAUGGCGAAAUACUGUGGAGUAAUAAGCAUAUAUUUGAAGACCCUAUUGUUAUUAUGAAUGACUCAAAAUCAGGAACUGAAAUUUUAUCCCUAAACGCAAAAAGUAAUGAAACUUUGGAAUUUUCCUGCAAUCUCCCUGAAAAGGUAUUUUGUGCCACCGAUUUCAUGUCAGACGGAUCUUCUCGAUUGCGCGUUGUUCUUUCAUCUGUAAAAAAUCUUACUUCAUUCGAUCUGCCCAUAUCGGUUAUUUCAAAGCCUAAAAAUAAUGAUAGUUAUAAGAUUGACAAAAUUAUUAUGAUCCAUUUUGUUGUGGGAAAAAAAGAGUUUAGUUUAUCUGAAGUGGAAAAUGACAAAUUGUUUGCUAACGAAAAUGAAUUGAGGAUUGUGUUAAAUACUUCCACAACUCCACACGAAACAGAUCCAAAGUUCAUUGCUAUACCCGCUAUUAAAAAUGUAUUUAAGUCAAAUUUACCAAGUUUUUCAAAUCCAUAUAUUGACUUCACGAAAAUUACCAAUAUUUCGACGCUAAUUACAAAAAAUGAGGAAGCUGGCGAUAAUAUAACAGCAACUGCGGCAGCUUCUAAUCAAAGUCAAUAUCUGGCUACAAAAAUAUUUGAUACAACCAGGAAAGACCUUUUUAAGGUCAAUACAGUUGCUUUAUUUGAUAAUACCAUUUCUAAUGCAACUAAUAAAUCUCAGCUAGACAGCUUUGAAAUUAAUACAGCGAAAAAUGAUUCAACUUUUGAACAUUUUACUACGACAGAUAAGUAUAUAAAUGUCGAUGCAGGGCUUCAGUCAUCAGAAUCCACAUUUUUGCCGCACUUCGAGCAUAAUUCUUAUGAUUGUUAUAUUGAAAAAGGAUCCAACAAGAAAUCAUUGGUUCUUGCUACAAUUAAUUUUAUCGGAUAUUCUGGAAAUGAGCCUCCUGCGUUUUCAAUCACAGAUGAUAACAAUGACUGGUUUGAAAUAGGAGAAAUCAGCUAUGAUGAAGCCAAUCAAAGAAAUUUUGUAGCGAAAACAGUUAUCAAUGUUGAAAUACUUGCAUUCAUAGUAGAUGGUCAAAAAACAAAUUCGUUGACAACUUCUAGAGAUGACCUGAAUUCGUCGGCCGUUGGGCAUGAAAGAUCUACGAAGGUUACACCUUUAAUGGAUUCAUCGACUAGCAUUAUUAAUGCUAUGGAAAUCGGCGAUGUCCAUAAACCACAGUUCGACACAGAAUAUAAAGGCAUUCAUCUCGAUAAUUCUGAAAAUUCAUUUCUUGAAUUACAAAACACUAUCGAUUCAACUAAAAUAUCUUAUGUUGAGCAAAUGGAAGAUGCAAACAAACCACAGUCUCAUAAAGUUUCGUCAGAUUUCAUACCUAAAUUAGGCAAUAUGCGUGAUUCUUCUAUAGAUUUAGCGAAAAUACAACAAUUUCCUAAAACAAUUGUUUCCUUCUCGACUGAUACAGACAACACAGAUUUCAAAAGGAUAAAAGACAUAACUAGUGAUAAUACUGCUUUUUCUAAAAAUUAUGGAGUCAACACAAUAGGAUUUAUCGAAAAUAAGAAAGAAAAAAUUAUGCAAAACGAUUUUAAUGAAAAAUUUCUGACCAAAGAAACUACAAAUUCGAAAAUUGAUUUGUCGAAUUUGCCAGAAAAAUUCAGUGACCAACAAAGAAGGAAAAUUUAUGAGACAGAACUUGACAUGAAGUUUGAAAUGAAAGAUGCUAAAACACUUACAAUACCUGAAAAUUUAAAGUGCGGUGACAUUGUGCCAAACUUCAAAAUAAUGAUUACAGCUAUUGAAAUGGAUCCAUUUGAUGUGAUUAUUGUAAAUGUUAAUUCAACAAUAUUUGAUAUUGUUCCACAACGAAUGCAACCAGGGAAAACUGUAACAGCUUUUAUGCGAUCUCGAUCAUAUAUAUUUAUAUCAAAGACAUUGACAGUUAUGAAAAAAGAUUCCAGUGAUAAUCCACCGAGAUUUACCAAUAACGAAUAUGUGUUUCAUGUAAAUGAAACUAGUGUGACUGGUGAAAAGGUUGGACAAAUGGAAAUUGAAGAUCUUGAUGAAAUAGACAGAGGAGUUCCUCAUAUUUUCAUUCUUUUCGGACCAGGAAGUGAUUUAUUCACUGUAAGUGGUGGUACUGUGAGUGUUUCAUGUCCAAGCGCAAUGCCAUGUCUUGAUCGUGAACAAACGAGCGCUUAUGAUCUUAUAGUCGUUGCAAUUGAUAAAGGUGGGUUAAGCUCUAUUCCAGUUAUCCUAAAAAUUAUCGUUGAUGAUCGAAAUGAUAAUGAACCCACUAUUCAAAUGCCUCAAAGUGAAUUAAUCAUAUCUAAUGGUCGUAUUGAGAAACCCUUUAUUUUAAAGGUCCGUGAUUUGGAUACGGCUGCAUUUAGUGCUAAUAAAGUUAUUGCUGAUGGUAAUGCUUCGACAUUCCUGAUGUUUGAACGAAUUCGUAACGAUAUUUAUAUUGCUAAACUAACUUCUUUACCAAAAUCUGGUAAAUAUCAACUUGAAAUCAAUGUUCGAGAUUCGCAAAAAGCGCUUACGGUACAAAGGACUAUUGUCGAAGUCAACGUUUUGAACACCAUUACGAAAGCUCAUUUUAAGAGAACGAAAUAUGAGCGGACAUUAACCAGUGAAAAAUUCUUCCAAGGUAAUCCGAUACUUCAACCGGAUUUUUGCGAUGUACCAGUAGAAAACGUUAGAUUUGUAAUAUUACGUAAUGAUCCAGGCUGGUUGACAGUCGACGAAUACACUGGAAAUGUUUUUAUUGGAGACUUUUUAACGAAUAUUAUAAUAGAUGGACAGUACAAUAUAUCGAUAGCAGCAAUCAACCGAACAGAUGGACGAAUUCUUACAGAAACAAUUUUGCAAUUGAAAGUCAUCGGCAGGAUGCAAAAUUCAAUUGUUUUUAACGAUAAAUUCAUCAUGAAAGUUGUUCGCAAAGAUCCACAGUUGACUCGCUUAGCAAUCAAUAUUCUUCCAAAAAACAAUAAUUUAUCGGCGAAAUCAGCGAAUAUUAUUCGAGAAACUGUCGAAGCCAUUGAUGAAAAGCUUCAUUCAAAUUCGAUCAUUUUCGAAAAGGGUGACGUUAUCCUAGAUAUGGGGAAAUUGCCCAAUUUGCGAUCAUUACAAUUCCAUUUGAACUCGUGGAAACAAAAUGAAACUGGUGAAACGACUGUCAUGAUAAUUUUAAGCUCAGACCCCGUUCAAGCAGCUUUAGAGCAACGUGAAAGAUCGAGGCCACAAUUUAUUCUGCCAUGGAAAAUUGAUAUGAAUUUGAUCCCAGUGAAAUUAGCCGAAGGUUCACCGAAAGGACGAAUUAUAGCUUCAUUACCAGCUUAUAAUCCUCUCGAUGCAAAAAAAGUUACCAAUUUAAAACUGACUGGUGAAAUGGCUGAAUAUUUUUCGAUUGAUGGGCAGACUGAAAAGCUUAUUGCUAGCACUGAAAGCAAGCGACUCUAUGGUGAAAGUCUGAUCUCUGAUCUCUACGACGCGACGUCCGCGUCUUCCUACGCGGAUGAUGCUUCUAACUCGGUGGUGCAUGCGAUAGAUUUACGAUCCGAACGUAAUAUUAAUAUUCCAUGGGUCGAGUAUAGAAAAGCUCAUGGACCAUGA